GGUUUACUUUUUGUUAGUCAACGUUCAACUUUUAUCACACAAGCGGUGAGAGUGUAUCGAGUAGUCGAAGAAGACAUCUGCUUCUGCUCCCGCGAAAUCUAAAAAUAAUAUUAUUCAGUUGUUUGUGAUGCAACAAUCAAGAGGGAGAACUUACAAAUCAAUUAUUAGUGAACAAAGUGCAUUACUCUCGUGAAAUGGCUCCUAGUGACUAAAGACUUUUAAUAUCUUAUUCGAGUGUUCGUUUAGUGUUUUAAUGGCACUACCCCCCGUUAAGAUCGAAAUUCAACCACUCAUUAUAUUUUACGAAUGUUUAAAUGGCGUUAAAGUGGUGUGCGAUCGUGAUCAAGAUGGCUUCGUCAGCAGGGAAGAGCUCACCGCUUUUAUCAAAAAUAUUGAGCAGACGACAGCGACUUCGGCACCCCUGACCCCCAUCAUCAUUAACAAUUACGAGAAAUUCGAUCAGAACCAGGACAACCGAUUGGACUUUGAUGAAUUCGUCGAGAUGAUCACCAGUGAUAGUUUUCUUAAGGAUUUCGCUAACCUCGGAAAUAGAUACGUAAAGUUCUUAGUAGUACCAAUAUGCCGACAAAAGCGCAUAGAAAAAGUGCAACUGCAGCGUAUGCAAACCAUGACCGGAAUGUACGAGAACGAAGUGAAAUUCAAACCUACGGACAUCGCGAUGAUCCUGCUGUCUCUACUACAAAUUAUCCUUUUCACCUGUGAUAUUAGUGAGCCCUUGGUAUUCGACCAUACUAAGAAAUACCAAGUCUGGAGAUAUAUGACUUAUAUGUUUACGCACGGAGGAAAAUUCCAUCUAUACCAAAACGUGGCAAUCCAACUUCUCCUAGGUCUCCCGUUGGAGAUGGUGCACAGUUGGCGGGUGCUAAUAAUUUACUGUGCAGGCAUCCUGGGCGGAUCCCUGUUUCAGUCGGUCAUUUAUCCCGCCUCCAGUUUGACCGGAGCGAGUCCCGGAGUCUACUCGAUCAUCACCGCUCACAUAGCAACUGUUAUGAUGAACUGGAGAGAGAUGAGUCAGCCGGUGGUGCAGCUGGUUCUUUUUGGAAGCUUCACCGUCUUCGACACUAUCUACAAAUACGCUUCGUUCGGAAACAGUCACGACACCAGCUACAUUUCCCACUUGGGGGGAGCAGUUUGCGGAUUGCUGGCGGGAGUGAACAUCCUGAGGAACCUUCGGGAGACCAGGGCGGAGAAGAUCAUCUGGUGGAUCUGCAUCUUUUUGUAUAUCGGAACCAUGGGCACUUUUAUCAUCUUGGAGGUGACUUUUAAUGUACUUCGGGUGCGGUCGCAAUGAGACAAAUGUUUCUCGUUAUAGGAGUUUUUAAAUUCAUUUGGAAUACGGAAUCUCUUUGAGGGAUCCUUAUUCUGCUGACUGAUAUUCAUGUCUUCCAGUAUUCAUUUUUUUUGUAUUUUUAUUUAUUUUCAUCACAUUUUUAGUUUGUAGGAAAGGAUGUGUGAAACUGUCAAGUUCUGUAAGUUUUUGAUUGUGAUAUAUUUUUUACUUAUUUAUAGUUUUAUUGAUUGUAGAAAGUGACCGUUGGGAUCUCAAUUAAAUUAUACCAAAGUUGCAUAAUUUUAUGUUUUUUUUAGAAAUUUCACAAAAUUAGUACAAAUGAAAAGAAAUUAUAAUUUUUCAUGUCUAUUUUUUUCGCCCUACAUGGAUUAAUUAAAAUUGAUGAUGAUACAACGUUUUGUCUUUUGGCAACCAUCAUCACUUUUUUGUUCUUAUCCCUAAUAAAAUUGCUAGCAACAUAGGCUUACGACAAUAGAAACAUGUCAGCAAUGACCUUGUUUCCUUACAGAUGUACCAGGAAGUAAGAAUUGUGUUAAUGAAAAUGGAUCAAACUUCAAGAUUUCAAACAUUCAAGAACUAGAAUUUUUGAUCAUAAAAGAAAUACAACAAUCACGCAUUUAUUAAUGGUUUUGUCUUGUUGAGCACCUUUGACAUUUACUUAAUUUUGAAAAGUUUAGAAAUUAUGUUAAAUGCUAUAUUUUUUCAAAUUUUACCUAGUUGUAAUUUAUACCUUAAUAAUCAAUUCUUCAAUAGGGCAAAUUGUUGUGUGAAGAUCUCAUAGAAAUCGAAACCUCGACCAAUAUACGUCAAUCGUUUGAAGUAGCUUUUUUUACCUAUACUAAUGUUUGGAUUCUGAGAUCCCAAUGGUUAAUCCUGUAUAUUAUAGUACGAAUCUCAUUAAUUUAUUGUAUUUUUUUAUUUUUAAAUAUAAUUAUUUAAAAAAAACACAGA